UAGUCCUGGUUUAGUUCUGGUUUAGUCCUGGUUUAGUUCUGGUUUAGUUCUGGUUUAGUCCUGGUUUAGUCCUGGUUUAGACCUGGUUUAGUCCUAGUUUAGUUCUGGUUUAGUCCUGGUUUAGUCCUGGUUUAGUUCUGGUUUAGUCCUGGUUUAGUUCUGGUUUAGUCCUGGUUUAGUUCUGGUUUAGUCCUGGUUUAGACCUGGUUUAGUCCUGGUUUAGUUCUGGUUUAGUCCUGGUUUAGUCCUGGUUUAGACCUGGUUUAGUCCUAGUUUAGUCCUGGUUUAGUCCUGGUUUAGUUCUGGUUCAGAUUAAAUUUUCUAACGUCGUUUUUUUGUCACAAAUUCAACACAAACACGUCGAAGUUUUAACUGAACAAAAACACUCUGGAGCUCAGAUCAGAUCCACGAGACACCAAAUAAAUAAACAAAUAAAUAAAUUAAACAUAAAAAAUAAAUAAAUACAUUUAAUUUAAAAAAUAAAUAAUUUCACGAGACACCGGAAGUGCACAGGCUGUUAUUGGGCUUUUAUUGUGAAAGGACCGGAAGCGGCGCUUAUAAUUUUGGUUCUUUAAACUUUUAAUGUUUGUCUCGCGCCGCUGUUACGUAACCGAACCCCGGAGCGCACGAGCCCCGGACCCACACCGACCCCGGACCCACACCGAGCCCCGGACCCACACCGGGGACAGAGGCUCGGAACCGGCGCAGCGGGUCAUGUCCUCCCGCCGCAGAACCGUCCGGACCAGGGCGACCCGCUAACACCGCUCCCCGCAACAUGGAGGACCACAGCGGGACAAACGGACUCCCACAGCCCGGGCCCGAGCUCCGGACCCCCCCGACCCCCCCGAGCCCCCGGAGCCUCCGCGGGACCGGGGACCCGCAGCUGGACCGGGCCGUGGAGCUUUGGCUGCGCUGGGACAGAAACCCUCUCACUCGGGCUCAGAUCCAGACCCUGUUGGACCAGGACCAGGUCUCGGAGCUUCGGUCCAGACUCGGUUCUAGACUCAGUUUUGGGACGGCGGGUCUCCGGGCGCCGAUGGGAGCCGGGUUCAACCGGAUCAACGACCUGACGGUGAUUCAGAGCUCGCAGGGCCUGUACAUGCACCUGUCCAGGUGCGUCCUUGAUCUGCAGCAGAGGGGCGUGGUCAUCGGCUACGACACCAGAGAACAGAGAGAGACCGACUGCUCCAGCCACAGGUUGGCUCGUUUGGCGGCUGCUGUGUUCUUGAGUCGAGAUGUUCCAGUGCAUCUGUUCUCCUCCUACGUCCCCACACCCUACGUGCCGUUUGCUGUGGUGAAGUUGGGAGCUGCAGCUGGAGUCAUGAUCACAGCGUCACACAAUCCCAAAGAAGACAACGGAUACAAGGUGUACUGGAGCGCCGGUCCACAGAUCUGCUCCCCUCACGACCGACAGGUGCUGCAGUGCAUCAGGGAGCAGGAGCGACCCUGGAGCGCCUCCUGCUGGAACCUGCAGCUCAGCGCACACAGCCCCCUGAGGACAGACCCCCUACAGGCCGUCCACGAGUACUACAAGACCGACGUGAGCCGCCUCUGCUUCCACCGGUCUCUGAACCUCUCGUCCCCGCUGAGGAUCGUCCACUCGUCGUUCCACGGUGUGGGACACGUCUUCGUGCAGAGCGUCUUUGAGGUCUUCGGUCUGUCCAUGAUCCCGGUCCAGGAGCAGAAAGAUCCGGAUCCGGACUUUCCCACAGUCAGUGUCCCCAACCCCGAGGAGGGCGCCCCCGUACUGGCGUUGGCCCUGUCUGUCGCAGACUCUGAAGAUGCUCAGUUGGUUUUGGCCACAGAUCCAGACGCCGACCGACUCGCCGUGGCCGAGAAGGACCCCAGUGGUCAGUGGAGGAUCUUCUCGGGGAAUGAGAUGGCUGCUCUGCUCGGAUGGUGGAUGUUACUGAACUACAGAAAGACCCAAGACCGGACCCAAGACCAGAUCCAAGACCGGACCCAAGACCAGACCCAAGACCGGACCCAAGACCGGACCCAAGACCGGAUCCAAGACCAGAUCCAAGACCGGACCCAAGACCAGACCCAAGACCGGACCCAAGACCGGACCCAAGACCGGACCCAAGACCGGACCCAAGACCGGACCCAAGACCGGACCCAAGACCGGACCCAAGAGCAGAAAGUGUUCAUGUUGACCACCACAGUCUCCUCCAAGAUCCUCCAGAGCAUCUGCAGCAAAGAGGGACUCUGCUACGAGGAGACUCUUCCUGGGUUUAAGUGGAUCGGGAACAGGAUCCAGGAGCUGCUGAAGUCUGGACACAAAGUUCUGUUUUCAUUUGAGGAGUCGAUCGGGUUCCUGUGUGGGAGUCUGGUUCCAGAGAAAGACGGCGUGAGCGCGGCGGCGGUUGUGGCAGAAAUGGCGAGUUUCCUCCAUCACCAGAACCUGAGUCUGAGCCAACAGCUUCAAAAAGUCUACGAGACUUACGGUCUCCACGUGUCGCGGACGUCGUACCUCAUCUGUCACGAUCCGCUCACGGUG